CUUCACACCUCACUCACAACUUCCUCUACUCCCAACAAUAUAUCAUACAUUCACAAUGAAGUACUCUAUCUCCCUCAUCGCCCUUUUCGUUGCUGGCACCAUUGCUAUUCCUGCCGCCACUGCUCCGAAAUGCAAGGCUGGUGAACAAUUCUUUGAAUGCGGCACGGCCUGUCCCUUGACAUGCGAUAAGCCCGAGCCCCGACCGUGUACCAAACAGUGCGUUCCUGGCUGCUUCUGCAAGGAAGGUACUAUUCGAAGCCAAUCCGGAUCUUGCGUCAGUCGCAACAAGUGCUGAGUUCAUUGAAGGCUUUGCUCCUGCCUGUAUCGAUACAUAACAGGCCUAUAAGUAGAAUAGGUCACUCGAGGCAUCUGUAAAAUUUGUUUCUGUAUGAUAGGCUCUGUAUUACAGGCACAGAGUACAAU